UCGCUCAUCAGAUUCGCUUUUUCAAAAGCCACGUUUGAUUUGACAGAUUUGUUUAGGAAAACAUUUGUUUAUUAACCCCUUUCCCAUCCACAUCCAUUUAUACUGGUUCAGAACGUGGCGAGCUCUUUUGAGCCUCGUCAGUUUCCGUAACUGCAGACCCGCUUUUCCUUUGUUUUCUGGUUCUCUUCCAAGCGUGCAAACCACGUUUGUGGAUUUGGGUGGCCGUUGGGAUCCUACUAGAACGCCAGCUGCUUGGAUUUUGGUUUUUGUGGAGCAGGAAAACAGCAUGUCUGCUGGAUCGCCUUCUGCAGAAAUUCAGCAGCAAGUCCUUCACAAAGUGGAAGUGUCUGCUGUCCAGCUGCUAUUAAACCAGGAGCCAAACCAACCGAGCCAACCAAACCCAGGUCCGGCAGAAGCAGAACCUCUACAGAUUAAAGAGGAGCAGCUGGAGCUCAGUGUGAAUCAAGAGGCAGAGGAGUUGGAAGCAAAACAGGAGAAUGGCAUUUUUCUGGUGCUGCAGUUUGAACCCUGGUCGAAAGAACAAUCUGAAGUUAAUGAAAAUGAAUUCAUCCAGAAUGAUGACGAGAUGAAUCAUCAGCGUGCCCUGCAGGGCAUCACCCAGGAAAUACAAAUACAAUUGCACAGAAUCGACCAUCAGCAGCAUUUCUUGAAAGAUGACUUUGUUACAAAUAGUCAGAUUUUAAACCCAGAGAUGAACUACAGCAAAGACCAAGAAGAAACAGAACCCCGAGAAAUUAAAGAAGAAGAACCAGAACCCAGACAAAUUAAGGAGGAGGAACCCGAACCAUCACACAUUAAAGAGGAGGAAUCAGAUCCCCCACAGCUUCAAGGCAAAUGUUUAGAAUCUUUACACAUUACAGAGGAGCUGGAUGUGAACAAACGCAAAGGAAUAAUUAUUUCUGAACCCCAUCGGCUGGAUCUCACGUUGAAGCCGGUUAUAAAGCUACACAGAAUAGAUGUGUGUCUACUUAGAACGAACAAGAAAGUCGACCUUCGUGAACCACAGUCGAGUACAGAACAGCUGCUUACCAACAACAGGUCUGAAGCUCUGAAUCAAGAUCAAAAAAGGAACUUUGAACAUUUGAGAUCAUCUCCAUCUGUGAAGCUGAAGCUCAGGAAGCAACAGAACAAGAAAAGUUAUCACAAUAUGGAUGUUGACAGCCCUUCCCCUGCAAAGACUCACUGUAAAACUGGUACAGGUAAGAAGUCUUCAUUGAGGGGACAUGGCAGGCGCCAGAAAUCCCAAUCAACCUCACUGAGAAGUAGGCAAGGAGGUGACAAUACUUUCAAAAAAACAUCUAAAAACAAAUAUUUAUGUACGGUGUGUGGGAAACAUUUUGCUCGACAUAGUUUGAUAGCUCACCGAAGAAUUCACAAUGGCGAGAAGCCAUUUGCUUGUGAAACGUGUGGAAAACGGUUUACACAACGCGGUAAUAUGUUGCUCCAUACCGCAGUUCAUACAGCUGAGAAACCGUACUCCUGUGACACAUGUGGAAAGAAAUAUAGCCGAAAUGAAAGUUUGCUGCGUCACAACAGGACUCACACAGGGGAGAGGCCCUUUACUUGUAAAACAUGUGGAAAAGGUUUUGCCCGAAGUGAGGUUUUAUCAGCUCACAUGAGCAGUCACUCAGACGAAAGGCCAUUUGCUUGCAAAACUUGUGGAAAAAGAUUUUCCCUCCGUAAUACUUUGGCUACACACAUGAAAGGUCACACAGGUCACAAGGCGUUUUCAUGCAAAACUUGUGGAAAACAAUUCACUCGCAAAUGUUCAUUAUUAUUGCACACAAAAAUACACACAGGUGAGAAGCUCUUUGCUUGUAAAUUAUGCGGAAAAAGAUUCAGACAAAAAAGUCACAUGUUGGGCCAUGUGAGGACUCACACAGGGGAGAAGCCAUAUUUAUGUAAAACAUGCGGGAAGACAUUUGGUAACAGUACUCUUCUUUUGCGCCACAUUAGAACUCACACAGGUGAGAGGCGAUAUAGCUGUAAAUUAUGUGGAAAAAAAUUUAAACAAAGUGGCAGCCUGGGAGUCCAUAUGAAGACGCACGCAGGCGAAAAGCCGUAUUCCUGCGGGACAUGUGGAAAAACCUUUAGCCGACAAGAUAACUUAACCGAACACCUUAAAAUCCACACAGGUGAAAGGCCUUUUUCCUGCGAAACAUGUGGAAAAAGGUUCAGUCGAAAAAGAUGUUUGUCCAGUCACAUGAGAAUUCAUACAGAUCAAAGGCCUUUCCUUUGUAAAACCUGUGGAAAAAGGUUCAGACAAAUUAGUGUUUUAACCUGCCACACAAGGAUUCACACAGGCGAGCAGCCAUAUUUAUGUAAAAUAUGUGGCAGACGUUUUAGCCGGAGUGGAAAUUUGUCUCAACACCUGAGAGUUCACACAGGUGAGAAGCCCUUUUCUUGUAAAAGUUGUGGGCAAAGCUUCAGCCAAAGGGGUAACUUGAAGUAUCACCUGAAAAGACAUCUUUGAGAAGUCAGUGUUUUGAACCCAUUGGUGGUUCCAUCUCACUUCUCUGCAAGACAAGAGAAUCUUUUUAUGGUGUGCAAGCAAGCCCUCUCUUUAUUUACUUUGAUGCAAACCAGAUCUACCAUGUGUGGCAGUUUGUCAUAAGAUCAGUGGAGGCAGGUUGCUGAAAAGGGUCAUUUUAUGACCCUUUUAACUUUAACUUUGAUUUUACAUCAAAGUUAAAUAAAUAUGAAAAAGCUUUUCUUUUAUGUUUAUUGGUUUAUUUCUAAGUCUUGGAGUUGGAUGUUUUUAUUUUUUUAAAUAAGUCAUCUUGAUUUUAUAAGGGAUAAAAUGUUAGUACUUUUAGAGGUGUGUCUUUUUAUUUGUUUAGUGUCUGGAUCCAUGGAUAAAUCCAACAAGCUUCCAUUUUACUUUAUUUGCCCAAUUGGCCAUUCUUGGCCAAUGUUGUUGGGUUUAGUACAUCCCAGUCAAACAUGUCCCUUUUACACCUUCACUUUUGCUUUGCAUAAUCUACUAAGAGAUUGCAUUAGAGAUUGUCUGUCCAGUGUACAGUUAAUAUUUAUUUGUGUGAUGCUACAUCCACACUGGGCAUGUGUUGCUCGUUCAAAAAUGCGCUGGCCGUGGGUUCUUGAAUGCCUUUUAGGAUAUGGUGUUCCCACUGGGCUGUCACUACCCAAUACUACUAACGCAUCUACCCAGAAUUGGAAGAGUCUUUGUGCGAAAUGUGAAAGUGGUGCAAAUCUCGCAAAUCUCUCCAGGCUUUUUCUUUCACAGCUCUAUUGUAAUAUAUGAAAGACUUGGUGUUGUAUAAUUCAAGCUGGGCAAAAACUUCAAUUUUUAAUUUCUCCUCCAUGAUCAAUUUUUAAAUAGUUGGUACUUCUGGGAAAUAAAAAUGAUACCAUCCAUGCGCCACUACCAAAUGCAAAUCCCCAAAGUUAAACCAAAGUUCUACUGGUUUAACUUUCAAAGCGCUUUUAAUGGUCGCACAUUUUUACAUAGAGCGCAGACAGACUUAAAAACUUGUGUAGCGACAUGUGAACAAGAAAGUUUUUAACGCAGAAACCCAAAACGUGCAUUUACGUUACGCGUGUUUAAUUAGACUUUUUACUGGAACUGGUCACUUAAACACGGGUUGUCGAGGCUGGUCUGAACGUUUCAUAAGCAUCUUAGGUAAAUGCAUAAUUUAUUAUUUUAUUAGUCUUUAUUCAUUAACUGUUUCAUUGUUGCUUAGAAUAAAAUCUUGACACAUGCGUUUUAUCUUGCUUGUAUCAAUUUUUGUUAUUAAUGAAUAUACUGAAUGUAUUAUAUGGAGUCCCAAACUGAUCAUAAUUAAAUAAAUAAAUUUGACCUUGUGCGAAUACACAAUCAACCAAUAGAUCUCUCAUAAAUAUAUAAAAAGAUCAUGAAAUUGUGGAAAAACCUGUACAGAUUUUAAAUAAGCCUUUAUAUUAUCAAAUAUUUUUCAGGUGUGCUUUAAGAACCUGUCCAUUAUUUUAAACAGCAUUUUAAAAGUUUAAUUUUAAUCAUGUUAAAUAUUAUUAAAAUUCUAUGGCUUUUUUCCGAACAUGGGAUUUAAAAAUCAAUGUUUUCCAAAGUAGGUUUCCUUUUUAUUUCAUGUUGCUGUUA